GUAGUCGGGAAUCUGCUUUUGUACAUGCCAUCUCCUCUGCUGGAGUUGUCUUUGCCAUCACCAGGGCAUGUAGCCAAGGGGAGCUAAAGUCCUGCUCCUGUGAUCCCAAGAAGAAAGGCUCUGCCAAGGACAGCAAGGGCCAUUUUGACUGGGGUGGCUGCAGCGAUAACAUUGACUAUGGUGUUAAAUUUGCCAGAGCCUUCGUGGACGCCAAAGAGCGAAAAGGAAAAGAUGCGAGAGCGCUAAUGAACCUUCACAACAACAGAGCUGGAAGGAAGGCUGUGAAGCGGUUUUUGAAACAGGAGUGCAAAUGUCACGGUGUGAGUGGAUCGUGCACUCUAAGGACCUGUUGGCUGGCCAUGGCAGACUUUAGGAAAACAGGAGAUUAUCUGUGGAAGAAAUACAAUGGAGCGAUUCAAGUGGUCAUGAACCAAGAUGGCACGGGUUUCACUGUGGCUAAUAAGAGAUUUAAGAAGCCAACUAAGAAUGAUCUGGUAUACUUUGAAAGCUCUCCAGACUACUGUAUCAGGGACAGGGAUGUAGGGUCGCUGGGGACGGCGGGGCGGGUCUGUAACCAGACGUCGCGCGGCAUGGACAGCUGCGAGGUGAUGUGCUGCGGGAGAGGCUACGACACCGCCCGCGUCAGCAGGGUCACCAAGUGCGAGUGCAAGUUCCACUGGUGCUGUGCCGUGCGCUGCCAGGACUGCCUAGAGGUGGUCGAUGUUCACACCUGCAAAGCACCGAAGAGCCCUGGCUGGGCCUCCCGGACAUGAGGCACAGGCUGCUGAUGCUCGAGGACCGCGGUCUUUGCCCUUCUUGGUCCGUGCAGGGAAUGCA